CCACCUGCUUUGUACUUCAAUUACUUCUCUGUCUUGUAUUUUCUGCUUCUUACCAAAACACAAGAUACCCCUCACACAGCAGCAGCAAUGGCGGAACCCCAAUCCUUCAAACACGAGGACAAAAUUUUGGCAAAAAACUCAUCACAACAAGAAGAAGACAGCCAUACCCAAGAUAAUCCCUUUUUAUCUUUUCUCUCAAACAUCUUUCAAUUAUUCAAGCCGUUUGCACCCAAGAAGAACGGUAUUGUUGUUAACAAUGUUUCAGAAUCCGACCCGAAUAAAAUCGGGGCAUCUGUGAAUGAAACUGUGGUGGAAGAUGGAAGUAAAGCCGCCGUUGUGAAGUUCCCGAGGCAGACCUUGGCUCCAUUGAAGCUCGAAGCAGAAGCUGAAGGGGGUGAACAGAAUACUAACCCGGUUAUCUUGUGGCAGGUUUAUGCCAUUGGAGGAUUCUUCAUAUUGCAGUGGGCAUGGAAAAGAUGGAAUGAGCAUAAGGGAGAUAAGAAGUCCAAUGAUGAUCCUCCGCCAGCUCAUGAUUAAUCUUUAACGAUGACUUGUUGGAUAGGGAAGUCAUGGUAACUAGUUAUCUGUGGUGUACGACAAAUAGCUUGUAGUUCUUUGACUUUGCACCAUGAAAAUUUUAAAUUUGGUCAGUGAAUCACACGUCUUAAAGUUGAUAUAUUGUUUCAUAUGCCUUUAAUUUUGAGAAUUGCCUUUGUAUUUAGUUCUUAGUUUGUAUUACUUGUUGGUAUCAUGUUACUCUCAAUGUUUCAAUUUUUCAAGAAUAAAGAGCUUCUAUUGUUGACGUUGAA